AUGCGUGCAGCCGCCAGUCGACGGAUGAAGUCGACACAGAGAGGGAUAAAACCGCGCGCGAGAGCAGCGACGAGGAAGCAAAUCGCGAAAUUGCGGCUGGACCGUGAAUUGAUGAAACAUGGUAAUGAUGAUGGUGGUGGUGGUGAUGGUGCAUCGCACGAUGUGGGUGUCGAUGCGUUACGGGGGGUCGACGUGGGGGUGACGCGAAUCGUGCUUUUUACGGGGCGCCCAAGCGGCUUGUCGUUGCGCUCGUUGCCCCCCCUCCGUGCGCGUACGGGGAUUCCAGCAGGUGCCCGUGAGAUCCCCCAUGGCUUUCGGUCGCUUUGUUCCUCGCGUCACCCGCUUCGUCCUCCCGAUUAUUAG